UUCACCUUGACUCUUCGGAUACACCCACACCCCUUACGGGUACUGCCCGCGUGGCCCCCUCACAGCAGACUUAGCUGGGAAUCAGAUCGAGUUCGUGUCGAGUUUUACAAAAAUAUCACAGUACUGUAACGAUUUUCGAUUUUCUACAAAAAUGUCGACAAUAAACCACGAGGAAAUCGAGGAAAAUACUAAGAAGACAUGCAAGGACCUGGAGUCCACGGACAGAGUCCACAAGACAAUGACUUUGAAGCAUAUGCUCGUUUGGGUCGAGAACAACUCGUACGAUAACAGCACGGAGCUUUUGGCCCAAUACUUCGAUCGGUUGUAUCUGCAUCUGCUCAAGUGCUACCACGACCGUUUCGAGAGCGUGCGCGACGGUGCUGUGCGUCUGGUGGAUGCCUACCUGGACCGCCUGCCGCCGAUGGACUUCAAUCUCCUGAAUGUGGUUUCCACACUGACGGAGCGCAUGGGACAGGCCGAGACGGUGGAGCCCAGCGAGGAGAUACGCUAUCUGUACAUUGGACAGCUGCAUCUGAUGGUGCGCAAGUAUGCGAAGAUGGGCAACGUGGGAGUCUUCCGCGAGUGCUAUCAUCUGGUGGUCAAAGUGCUGAUCAAGGCCCUCAAGGAUGACUAUCCAGUGGUGCAGCGCGAGGCUUGCUCCACCCUGGUGGCUCUUUGCCGUGUGGCCGAGACCACAGAGAUUCGUCCCUUCACGGAACAGCUGGCUGUGGCCCUGUACGGAAUGCUCAAUCACAAGCACGCGCCGGCCCGCAUCUCGGCCGUGGAGGCACUGGGACGUCUCAGUUUGCAUAUGGAUGCCAGCGCCGAGAGCAUGCGCCGCCUAUUCGGCGAGGUGUCGCCGCUCCUGAUGGAUCGGAUGCCACUGGUGCGGCGCGAGGUCGGAAUAAUGGGAGUCCUGAUGCUAAUGGAUCUGCUUGAUCGCUACUCCUUCUUUGAGCGGAUCCUACCGCUGGUGCUGUGCUGCCUGAAGGACGAUUCCCCGGAUGUACGCAACCACAUCCAUCCGCUGUGGGUCAAAUGCGGCAAGCAGUACUACGAGGAGAACGAGGCGGAGCUGUCGCAGCAGGAGAUCUGCGAUCUGCCGGUGGAUAAUUACCCAAAGAAUGUCAAGCGUCCAACGAUUGGCUGCCGUGGACUGGUGCAGCGCUCCCUGCGUCUGCUAACCUUGAUCACUCGCGAGACGACCGAUUGGAAGGACAAUGUCCGUCUGCACUCGCUGAAGCUGCUGUACCAGUUCGUGGUCCAUGCCGAGGCGGCCAUGACGGCUAAGUUCUAUGAAAUUUAUCCGGAUGUGUCUCAUGCCUGUUGCGAUUCCGUGGCUGAGGUCAGUGCCGAGGCGGCCAAGGUGGCCGAUCUGAUGGGUCGCCUGCUCUGCUACGACGCCUGGAUCGAGCACGGCUUCGAUGGACUGCAGCGCAAUGCUCGCGAGUCGUACAUGAAGUGCUUCUACUACAUGUUCACGGCCUCCAAUAGCGCCUGCUUUGAGCACCUCAUGCGCUUGUGCAAGCUCCUGAGAGCCACCGAGUACUCGCACACCCUGAAGCCGGGCUUCCAGUUGUACAUCCUAAAGCUGCUGGACACCAUACUGAACAAGUCUCUAGAGGCUACAGCCACUGAGGAGGAGCUCGACGAACUCUACAUGACCGUGUAUAUCGUUGGCAUAAAGGUCGUGGCGCUGGGCUACUCCCUGAACAGCGACAAUGCCGACCCCAAUGUUGGUCAAAUGGUCCUUGAGCGUAUCGCUCAGCUCCAGAAGGUAACGUUGGCCCAGCUGCACGAACGCUACUUCGAAAUGGCACUGAGGGACGUGGAGAACCUGGACGCCGUCCUGGAGGAUAAUGCCGAGCCGAUCCUUCUGCUGGACGGACUCAUCAACAUCUGUCACCUUCGGCGCUCCUACCUGAAGCGCCUCAUCGAGCGGGUGAAGAUCGUCUUUGAAAAUUGCUCUGCCAACGCACAAAUUCGCAUCUUUAGCAGUCUCUCCAUGGCAGCGCUUCUCUGGUCGAGCACACUGACACCACCACACGACGAUGCGCCAGACGAGCCGACCAUGAUGAAAAUCUUCGUCACGGAGAUUGUGGAGCCGUAUUUGACCUGGAAGGCUGGCGCUAGUUCCGAGUCCAUGCGCUCCCUGGCCAUGGCCACACUGUGCGCCCUCGCCCAGAGUGCCCCGGAGGAUGUGCUCGAGGUGUUGCCGUCGCUGGUGAAGCAUAUGCCCAGCCUCCUCGAAGACCGCAAUUCGAACACCCGAAACUAUGCCAUCAAGACGGUGCGCUACUUCCGGGGCUUGUCCGUGGAGGAGCUUAAGCCGCUGGCUUAUGCCACCAUGCAGCGCCUGGACGAUCCCUCGGCGGGCAUACGCUCGAUGGCUGCCCUGGCGGUCGGCAGCCUGUCGCCCAUCUUCAAGGGCGACUCCGACGAGGAGAUUCAGCACCAGCACGAGGUCUGGGAGGCAGUUGUGAAGCGUGCCAUGGAUUUGAUGCUACUCUACCACGAGAGCCCCGAAAAGAACAUCAAAAUCGCUGUGGAACAGAGCCUGGAGAAAAUGGCCAUUGACUAUCCAGAGGCCUGGACGGAACGUUGUCAGCGCGCCAUGGCCAUGUCCCACCAGAAGGAUGAGCUGAACGAACUCUACGAAAAGCUGAGCAUCAAUAAGGUGGCUCCUUAGCCAUCUCGCCCAGAUCGCAUCCCAUCAUAGAUUGAGAUUUAAAUAUUUUUUUUGUUCUGUUUCAA